AUGGACAACACUCAGCAGGACAGCAUUCAGGACAGUGUUCAGGUCGGAGACAACAAGUUUGUCAGCAAGAGCACUUUGCUUUCACACCUGAAGACUUAUAAUCUCUAUUAUGAUGGACAAGCUCUUCAACUUCGGCACAGAGAGGAAGAAGAGGAGCUGAUAGUUGAAGGUUUGCUCAACAUCUUCUGGGGUUUGCGGCGACCAAUCAGGUUACAGAUGCAAGAUGAUAAAGAGCCAAUCAGAUCUCCAACUUCAUGCACAUCUCUGCACUUAAAUCGCAGGCUUGGUUUAUCGAGGAAGGACAUGGGGAAACCUGCCAUUCAGGUGACGGCAGCUGAAGAGGACAGUGUCACAGAUGGAGGCCAGGCAGGGGCAGAGGAAGAGUCCUCACAUCUCCUCAGGACACGGAGUGAUGUCGGUGGGCGCAGACAGGCCACUCUGAGACCAGCCACCGGGCAAAUCAGACGGCACAGAUGCUCCAUCAACGGCCACUUCUAUAACCACAAAACGGCAGUAUUCACCCCAGCAUAUGGUUCAGUCACAAACGUUCGUAUAAACAGUUCGAUGACCACUCCUCAGGUCCUGCGUGUCUUACUCAACAAGUUUAAGAUUGAGAACAGACCGGAUGAAUUUGCUCUCUUCCUCGUCCACACCAGCGGAGAGCGCACGGAGCUGAAGAGCGGAGACCAUCCCCUGACGAUCAGAAUCCUGCAGGGCCCGUGUGAGCAGGUCAGCAAGAUCUUCCUCAUGGAUCGGGACCUGGCCGAGGAGGUCACUUACGAUGUGGCUCAGUAUAUCAAGUUUGAGUUGCCCGUCUUAGAGAGUUUCAUUCUCAAACUGAAGGAAGAGGAGGACAGAGAGGUGCAGAAACUCCAAAACAGGUACACGUCUCUUCGCAGCAGUAUUCAGGAGCACAUGGCGGCUAAGUCCACCUGCGCGUCUGAUUCGGCUGACGGAGAGCUUCAAAACAAACGGGAACUCACAGGUGGUCUAAUCAUGACGGGUCGACAGAGAUUGCUCCUGUUGUGGGCAUGGAUGUUGCUCGUGGCCUCUCUGUGCCCGUUGGCAUUCUGCAAGCGCGGCGGCUGGCGGGGGAAGGGCACGGGUUUUGGGGGGAAAACCUCAACCUCCGGCGGCCGUGGGUCGUCCUGGCCGGUGGGCAAACUGGGCCAGGGGGGAGUGAUUGGCUCCCUGGGCGGGGCGGCCGUCGGGUACGGUCUGGGCUCUUUGGGCAGGCCCAAGUACGGGCACGGUCACAAAGCCGACUCCUCUAAGGGAGAUAAAGGAUUCUACGGCCCUGGCGGCCAGGGCUCCCAAAAUCAUUCCAGCUGGCAGCACUACAGAGGCGGCGCGAGCACACAGUCCGCAGGUAACGCUCUCCUUGUGGUUGGAUCGGCCGUCCUGCUCUUCAUAGGGGACCGGAUCAGAGCCCUCUGA